ACACAACAUUACGAAAAGGUAUUUAAUUUGGAUAACCUGCUGAGGAUGCAUACAGGAACUAUUUUAUGCAAACCUCAUGCACGUUGAUGCUAAGAUGCUUGUGGUUUAUUUGCAUUGUUCUUUGCAUUUGGCUAACCCUCCAAUAAAACUUGGUGACUGAGAAAAUUCCUAAAACGUGUGUCUUGUUGAGGAAGGGGUUGGUGUUCAUUUAGAGAAUAAGACAAGCCAGGAUGAUCUACUGGGCCCUGCUGUUACAUCUCAGUUUGCUUGUCAUCCUCUCAAAUGCUGCAGACCUCGACGAUCCUGGAUCCUGCACCGGCUACACCAACCUGACGGAUCCAUGGCGCAACCGCGCCUUUACAAGAACUGAUUGGCCCGGCUACCCCAAAAAUGACUUCCUGUUAAGCAACAAGUGGUGGAGAUUCACUGGGAUUGGUGGAGAUACAGCAAUUGAUGAUUGUACCUAUAAUAGAGGUGGCUUCCAACACCCGUGGCAAGUGGUGGUGUCCUAUCCAGACAUUGAAUCCCUGACACCAACAAAGGGAACUACCCGGACAUGGGCUAAUGGAUGCGGAACACAAGGAAUAACGAUUGACUUUGUGUUGUGUCCGGGAGGCUUCUACGUCUUCAGACCACUUGCUGCUGGGGCAAGCGAAUCCGGCUUUGCUACUUAUCAUUCUAAGUGUGGUCCAGACUCCUGCGGUCCCCUUGCUGAAUGUACCAGUACCCCUGUAGGAGGCUGCAUUUGUUUCUCUGGGUAUGAAAUCCCCCCUGAGCACCUUCCUGUUGAUGGUUCCUAUGGCUGUGUUGACAUCGAUGAGUGUGUGAGAAAACCUGAUAUCUGUGGUCCAGACUCCAUAUGCACCAACCUCAAUGGAACGUACAACUGUACCUGUCUGCCAGGAUUCAACGACACAAAUCCAGCAGGGAUACUAGGAACAUCUCACUCCUGUGAAGACAUAAACGAGUGUCUCGAAAUGGACUGCGGUGAGGGAGAUUGUAAUAACAUCCCAGCAAGUUAUGAGUGUGAUUGCCAUGUGGGGUAUCAGCUUGUGCCUGCUGCUAGUCCACCAUGUCAAGAUAUUGACGAGUGUUUCAAUUCCACCGUCUGCGGCCCUCGUUCCAACUGCACCAAUAUUCCUGGAAAACAUAUCUGCCAGUGUGAGCCGGGAUACAUAGCCACCGACCCGUCCACGGCCCCUGAUGAGGACAACACCUGUGAAGAUGUUGAUGAGUGUGUGGAAGACAUCACCAUCUGCGGCCCUGAGGCCGUCUGCAACAACACAAUCGGGGCCCAUUUCUGCACCUGUAACCACGGUUACCGCGUCGACCUCUCAGAUAUGAUCGCCAGCUCUGAAAAUCCAUGCAAUGACAUCGAUGAAUGCAGUGAGACAGUGGAUCUUUGUGGAACUAAAACCGUGUGUACCAACGCACCAGGGACCUUCGACUGCUCCUGCCCUGAUGGCUACUUCCCCACCACUGGGGUCAUUUGGGAACUGGAUGUAACAUUCUGCAAAAGUAUUCCGGAACUUCUUGAUGAGAUUACACCUCCAGAGGGACAAACAAAAGAAAGAGCUUUUCUUGGAAAUGUUAACCAACAGCUGAAGGAUAAUGCAGGCGUCAUUCUGCCAGAAGUGACGGUGAAAAACUGCUUUUCUGCAUCAAUGGAAGUGUCAGGUGCUAACUCUAAGCCGCCCGAGGCGGUGACCAGUGAUGGUGACGCAGAUACAGGCAGUGUGAUGCUGGACAUCUCAGAGGGUCUGGUUUCUUCCCUCGUAGAACCCAGCCAGAACGGAAACAACAAGACGCUCCAGACAGCAGUAGUAGAUUUGAGUAUACAGACCUUCAUUCCUGGAAGCAGCAAUGGAGAGAGUAAUGUCCUUUCGGUCAAGGGAAUCAGCAUGGAGGUCAACCUCGAGGCUCUGGCUCAGGACAACAAUGGAUCGGCAGCAGCUGCAGUCCUCACCCUCCAUGGCAUAGAGGGGAUGCUCAGUCACCGCUUCUUCAAGACCGAGAACCAGACUGAGAUGAACUCUGACAUCAUCACCGCCUUCCUACCCAAAACCAAGCACUCCAACUUCUCCCAACCCGUCAACUUCACCAUCCAGCACAAGAAGAAAACGGAGGCUGGCCUGGUGACCUGUGUGUACUGGGAGGGCAAAGACCAGACGUCCGUGAAGGUGGAGGCCUCUGGGGGCAAGGAGGCGCAGGCAAGCCACUGGUCGGUAAAGGGCUGUUUGGUGGCAUACUCCGAUGAGAACUACACCAUUUGCAGCUGUUCCCACCUCUCCACCUUCGCUCUCAUCCUGCAGAUCGGAGAUCCUCCUCCAGAGGACCCCUUCCUGGAGUGGUUGAACAGAGUGUGUGUGAUCAUCGGCCUGUUCUUCUUCGCACUGGCCAUUGUGACCUUCCUCCUGUGCAGCUGGAACGCCAAGAUCAACAACACAGCCCGUCUGCACCUCUGCAUCAGUCUCGCCUCCUCCCACUUCCUGAUGCUCUGGAUGGACCGAUACGUUGACAAUAAGGUGGCUUGUAAAGUCAUGGCCGGCGUGCUCCACUUCCUGAUUCUGGCCAGUUUCUCCUGGAUGCUCCUGGAGGCCCUGCAGCUCUUCCUGCUGGUCCGGAGACUUUCCAAGGUCCAGGUCAUCCAGAGGGACGGCCUCCCCACACCAGUGCUGUACCUGAUUGGCUAUGGCGCACCGUUUGUGAUUCUUGGCGUGUCUGCUGCGGUAUUCUCUGAUGGAUAUGGUGCCACAGACUCACAAGUGUGCUGGCUAUCAACAGAACGCAGCUUCAACUGGGCUCUGACAGGGCCUGUGGUCGCUCUCCUUGGUAUGAACUUGGUGCUGUUCUGUGCCACCCUGGUGUGCCUGAGGCCCACACUGGCCAGCAUGAAGAGUGACGUGUCGCAGUCCAAGGACACCAGGUUGAUCGUGUUCAAGAUCCUGGCCCAGUCUGUCAUCCUGGGCUGCACUUGGAUCCUGGGCCUGUACCAGGCCAACCUCUUCUUCCAGGUGCUCUUCAUCCUGCUCAACUCCCAGCAGGGCACCUUCCUCUUCAUCGUGCACUGUCUGCUCAACAAGGAGGUGAGGGGAGAGUACAUCAAAUGGCUGUCCUGCUCAUUCGGGAAGUCAGGAAACGCUGGAGCAGCGAAAGACUUUCAUUCCGGUUCAGACAACAUGGACGCCACUGAGGAGCAAGAAAAUAAGUGAUGUCCAGAAGAGGAGAACUAAGAGGAAAGCAAUGGAUGUAAACAAUUAUGACUUAAAGGCACCCAGUGCAACUUUAUGUAAACAUUCAAUGAAAAAUAAACAUUCAAUUUCUAGUCUUUUUUACACGUAGUAAGUUUCAAUACCUCCAUACCAUUACAUAUCGACAUUCAAGGAGCAAAGAUGGGACGUCGUUGUGUGGUGAGAACUGAUAGAAAAUCGUAAACAACAACAAUCGCCGGUGGGGAGAAGCCAUUUUUCCAUUGACUGGAAGCCUGCUUUAUUUAUUGUAGGUUACAAUAGAUAAAGAAAAUGGCGGCAUUGUUGUUGUUAUCGAUUUUGUAUCAGUUCUCACCACACAACGACGUCUCAUCUUUGCUGCUUAAAUGUCGGUAUGUAAUGGUAUGGAGUUAUUGAAACUUACUACGUGUAAAAAAGACUAUAAAUUGAAUG